AUGUCCCCACCUUGUCCCUGGUUGGAGAACCUUCUGCUGGACAUCUCCAUGUCCUUGUGUCUCCAUGUCCCCACCUUGUCCCCACGUCCCCAGGUGGAGAACCUGCUGUUGGACCUCCCCAUGUCUCCAUGUUGUCCCCACCUUGUCCCCAUGUCCCCACCUUGGCCCCAGAUGGAGAACCUGCUGCUGGACAUCUCCAUGUCCCCAUGUCCCCACGCUGUCCCCAUGUCCCCAGGAGAAGAACCUGCUGCUGGACAUCUCCAUGUCCCAUGUCCCAUGUUGUCCCCAUGUCCCCUGUCCCUGCAGGCGGAGAACCUGCUGCUGGACGCCGAAGCCAACAUCAAGAUCGCGGAUUUUGGGUUCAGCAACGAGUUCCGGGCGGGGUCCAAGCUGGACACCUUCUGCGGGUCCCCCCCCUACGCCGCCCCCGAGCUCUUCCAGGGCAAACGCUACGACGGCCCCGAGGUGGACGUCUGGAGCCUGGGGGUCAUCCUCUACACCCUGGUCAGCGGGUCCCUGCCCUUCGACGGCCACAACCUCAAGGUGGGACCUCCCACCACCACCUCCCACCAUUGUCCUACCACCUUCUUCCACCACGUCCCACCACCUCCCACCAUUGUCCCACCAACACGUCCCACCACGUCCCACCACGUCCCACCAUCUCCCAUCAUCUCCCACUACCUU